GCUACUAGAUAGUAAACUCGGUGCUAGUAAACUUACUGUCACCACGAGUUCUGAUUGGCUUUUUGUUUUCUGCCAAGGUGUGAAUCCGCCCAAAGUUCUUGGAGCUUAUAACCAAAACACAAGACGUAUCAACGUGUUAGAUAUAUCAAAAAACGACGGACUAGUCAACAAUUUUUCACUUUCAUGGAAAAAUUUUUGUUUCUAUAACUGAAAACAGAAAGAACUGCAGAAUAUGAAUCAGUCAUUCUAUACGGUUUUAUUUUUAUUCAUCUCUGCGAUGGACAUUAUCAUCGCAGAAUUUACAGCAGAUGAUUGUACGAUGUUAGGAUUUAAUAAAGCCAGUGUUCUUUGCUCGACCUGUGAACGUUUCAGUGAUCUCAAAUUAGAAGAAGUUUUUAAUACAUGCCAAGAAUGUUGUCUAAAAGAUAAUGACAACGAUUUGUCUGGAUCAAAACGUUAUCCUAAGGCUGUCCUCGAAGUUUGCACAUGUAAAUUUGGACAAUAUCCACAAAUACAGGCUUUCAUUAAAAGUGAUCGACCAAAGAAAUACAAGAAUCUUAGCAUAAAAUAUGUGAGAGGCUUAGAUCCAAUCAUCAAGCUAUAUGAUGAGGAAAAUAGAAUUGAAGAUAUACUUGAUAUACAUAAAUGGGACACAGAUUCUGUGGAUGAAUUUCUAUCUACUCAUCUUUCUAAGGAUUAAGAAAAUUAGGACACAAAUAUAUUGGAUUAACACAUGUUAUUUCUACUGAAUUCUUAAUGUACUAUCUACUGAAUAUAUAUAUUUGAGUACA